AUGCGGGCGGCGGGUCCGGCCCCGGCCUGCGGCUCCGCGGGCACCGCCGCUCGCCCUCCGCGGGGCUCUCGGGGCCGCCGCCGGGUGCGGCCGUCCUUCGUGGAUGAGUCUCUGUUCGGCCGCCCCGCGGGGGCCCGCCCUCCGCCGCCCGCCUUCCCCCCGCCCUGGGCGGCUCCCUCCGCCGGCGGCUCCCGGCCCGGCAGUCAGUGCAGGUCCCGAAGCCACGCUCCGUCCUUCUGUGACGAGUCCCUCUUUGGUGCCAAGCCUCAGGGUCCUGCCUGGGCAGCUCCGCGGAUGAAGAAAGAAGAUGUAGCCAAGCUCCAUUCGCUGCUCUGGAGUCCCCCUCCCGCCCCCCGAAACCAGCCUGGCCUUUUCGCACGCUGCCCGGGGACUCCCCUGCGAGCCGUCCACCCCCCGGCCUCUGCACCUCCGGCCACGUCUGAGCCCGGCCCCAAGGACAAGUUGUGUGGCUGGAGGCACCCCGGGAGCGAUGCUUGUUCCAAAGGCCGGGGUGCUCCUGGCAGAGGGCGUUCUCAGUCUGUCAGCCGGCUGAGCACCCCCCUGGACAGGAUUUGCCUGUCUUCCAACCUCGGCGCAGAAAGGCGGAAAAACCAGAAUGCUCCAACCACCCCUACUGCCCCUCUGGUGAGGGGUCGGUCCAACAGCCUGUCCGGAUCUCCUGUACUCCAGAACGCCAAGGCAGCAGGUGGCUGCAAAGCCAGACCCCCCUGGAAGUGAUGCCAGGUGUCCCUCUGGAUGUACAUAUAGCCUUAGUCUACCUGAGGCUUCCCUGUGACCAAGCCCACGAAGACCCUGGGCUUUUCCAUGGCUGGAAACAAAGGAUGAGGCUGCUCCAUGCUGGAAGAAAAGCCAGGAGCCAGAGGUGACCGUAUUGUUGGGAGCAGUGCCCUCCUUGUUCAGGGCACAAUCCCACAGCACCAGGGCAGGACAGCCUUGGUGGGAACAGCUGCUCCCUGUGAUGUCCAGUGGUUGUCAGAGGAGGUUCCUGCUGUCUGGGAAAUCCAGCCGGGAAGUUGGAGCAGGAGUGCCCACAGUGCAGUCCAGGGCCCUUCCAGGCACAGGUGUUGAGAGGCUGCUCUGAGGUCCCCCAAAAGGUUCCCUUCUCCAGGAAAUGGGCUCCAUUCCCUCUGCCUCUAUGCACUGGAUGUGCUGUGGUGUCUCCCUGCUGUCCUGGCUUUGUGUGACCAACGCCUUAUGGACUCCUCUGAAAAAGCAGGACAAGGGAGGACGAGCACAGAGGUGAGGAAAGCACUGCCCUGUGUCCUGCUGUGGGAUGGUCCCAGGCUGGAUGAGGUUUGUGACAGAGAAGGAUUUGCAGGGAUUUUGGCAGCUCGUGGUGAUGAGGAGGUGCUGGGUAGAUCCAUAAUUGUGUGGCUGGUGCUGAGGGUUGUGAGGUGCUCACAGCAGUACCACAGUGUUGCCAAAUAAGUGCUCCGAGACAAAUCUGGGAUCUGUAGGACGCUACUGAGUGAUCUGGGCACCUCCAAAGCUCCUCCACUUCCUUUGCUGAGGUGGGAAGGAGCAGCUCUGUCUGUGUGGAGGUGGAUAAAGGACAUGGGGUGGGGGACCCGGGGAUUGCAGUCACUGCUCCCUGGGGAGGGAGGCUGUAGUGAGGAGCUGCCAAGGUUACUAGGAGUUUGGUGACUCCCAUGCCGAGGGAAACACUCAAAUUCACCCAAGGACACACCAAGCCAGGUUAAGAGCAUCAUUCUGCACCCAGAAAUGAUUUCAUUGCACCUUGAACAGCAGCAGGAUUGGGCCUUGACCCACUCCAGCCAGCCAGGAGCCUGCGCUGAGUGGAAUUUCUGCUCAUUUCUUGGCUGAUGGGAAGCAAGAAUAACCUGUUAGUAUUAAAAGCUAAGAAGGUGAGUGAGGAUCCUUGUGAUUAGCUCCAAGCUCUCAGAUCUCUCCCUAUGCUUCCCAUUGAGGAAAUUCAGCAGCUCUUCUCCACCUGGGGUAAAAUUGGAGGGACAUGAAACAAUUGUGGCCUUCUCAGAGGAGGGGUUGGGAGUGCUGGUGUCAAUCUGAGCCUGAUCAGCUGUGUUUGGGAUGUGGCACAGUGAUGGGCAAAGCUGUGAAGGCUGCAGGUCUCACUGGGCUGGGAGAGAACCCAGAUGUGAUUUGGACACUAGGUGGAGACAAGAGGGCUGAGGAUUGAUGCAGCAGCAGCAGGAAUGCUGUUUCCCAGCAGCAGGUGGGGAGAGCCAGUGAGGAGAGUCCUCAGCAAACUGGGGAGAGUGUCCUGGAGUCUAAGCAGCCGAGAACUGAACCAGCACCAUCUGGGAGAGCUUGGAGUCCUUGGAAGAGGAAGCCUCUUAAAAUAAGGAUUUUAUCUGAAAAUGGAGUUGACAGUGGUCUGUGUGGCCAGGAUUGGCCACUUUACCCCCACUGCUGUGCUCGGGGUCCAAGGAAUCAGUGGGGGAAAGUAGAGCACAUCUCAUCUCAGCCCAGCCACACUGGCACUUCUUGCUAUUUACACAUGAGGACAAUGUUGGUUAAGUAUAAAUGGUGUUGGUUAAGUAUAAAUGGGAUGUUUGCAUUUUGUUCCAUGAUUCUCACUCAAAUUGGUUUACAACAGCUUUGCUGUUGCCCUUUCCUCUUGUUCUGCCACAGCUGUGCAGCCCAGCAUGAGAGCAAAAGCUCCUCUGUGCUCCUCUGGUGCUCACAUGGAAAAAAAAAAAAACAACAUGUUAAAUCUGAAUAAAAUUAGGUGGGGGAAAUGUUCAGUUGUUUCCUACCUCCAGAUCCAGCCUGUCCU